AAUUCAACUGCUGGAAGUCGAGUCGUCUAAAGCAGCCUCUAUAGAAAGUGGUCAUUGAGUGAGGGAACGGCGAGAGGGAGUCGAGACGGAAGAAACACAGCCCGCUUGAAAAUACUGACUAUUAACCUAUUGUUGUUGGUGCAAAUCAAUGGGCAAACAAGCAAGUGAGAUUCGCUUGGGUGUAAAGCGUCAAUGCCGUUGUAUUGUCAUCCUCUUCACUCGACUUCGCCGCUCAAUCCUCACCCUGUACAACAACCACUACAAAACGUCUAAAAUACAACGCUUCGUUCUUCUCCUCUCAAGCUUUCAAACCAAACCAUUGAAACUAUUUGUUUACUCGACUACCUGAAUCAACAUGUGUCUGCCUUGCUUUCCCUGGUCGUGGACAGAAUACGAAGAUCCGUUGGACUCAAUGCCAGAGCAGCAUGUGUGGGUGCAUGACGGGCAGGCGUGGUCUCUGCAACGAUAUUCUCCCAAGACCCCCCGACGGCUGAAGACUGGAGGCGAGCCCCUUCGUCAGGUGCACUUCCAGACUCCAGGCAACACCAAAACACCAGCUUCCACCUCUACUUCCCCUCCCUUCUCUUCCAUCCCAACCACUUCCACCACUCCGGCCUCGGCCUCGACCGACGAAACCACCAGCGUCCAGCCCGAGAACUUCCCUCAGCUCGGCGCACCGCCUCUCAGCACUCUGGGAGCUGGCCAGUGGCACACGGCCGUCGAUCCGACUCAGAGCGUCAAGUUGCCCGGCCAGCCGUUUGCAGGUUUUGCACCUGGCCAGCACCAGCCCGCUCACUUCCUACGCCCACAGCCACAGCCGCAGCUCUUCAACGGCCCAUUCUCUCCUCUUCCGCAGCAGCAUCAGCAGCUUCCUCCUGCAAUCACCUACAUCGGACAUCCGCAGCCCCUGAACAUCGCCAUGGCCGACUACCAAAACGCAGCGCCGAUGCCUGCUGGCAUCAACUUCCAGCCUCCCGUGCCUGAUACGACGUUUGGCCCGAUGCCGCACGUCUAUGUGCCUCGCUUUGACGGGAGCUACAUGCCUGCUGCUGUUCAAGUCGGUCUCCCUUCGGUACAGUUUGUUUCCGCCCCUGCCUCGUGCUCCGUUGUGAUGCCAAAGACAUUCUACUACAACGGCUACACUUACUAUGCAAUCGCGCACCCAAGCUACGUUGUUGCUCAGCAGCCUGCCGCCGUCCCACAGCCCUUCGUCGGCCAACAGCCUGUCAUGAUCGGCGGACAACCAGCUCCUGCUGCAAUCCCCGUUCAACAAUUGCACACUGUUCCCGCGAUGAGCGUGCCUGGCGUCGGCGGCAUGCCCGUCAUAGCAGGUAAUGGUGGCCAAAUCCCCGAUGUGUCUGGUCUUGGGAGAACCCCUGCAGAGGAAACUGUGCGGCAGCUUCAGUUUGCGCACGCGAACAAGUUGUUCGAGCCUCAGGAGUUCAAGCCAUCGGACGAUGACCCAUCUCGUUUCUACUAUGUUCGCGAAGUUGACGGUAAUUGGACCCAGCGCAACCGAUUUACUAUUGACCACCUAGGUGACUGUCGAUGGUAUGUCACCGACGAGGGCUGGUUCUACGCCGUACGAAUGCCCAACUAG